UACAUAUAUUUUUUGGAAGUUUACAAAURCUUACUUUGCUUGGGGUCCCUGUGUUUUGCGUGACGCAUAUUUUGAAGGGGAUACCGACUGACCAGGCUGACAGCCAAUAGGUUUUCGCCAAAUCUAUCUGUUGAACACAAAAAAGACAAAAACUUUACCAACAUAUGACCCACUUUCUCUUUAGAUCUUAGCACAAUGAAUACGUUCCUUUCUAGACUGAAUACGAUAUUUGCUUUUACACUAACUGUUCUAGCGGCCUUGACUUUUUUGUGCUUUUUAUCGACGGUUUUUCUUGACUACCAUGUGCGUGUGACUUUGAAGACCGAUAACAUCGAAGUGAAAAAUGUUCAAGAUUUCAGUGUGUCCAACUCUAAAAAUGAUCUUGGGGUCUUGACUUUCGACGUACAGACAAAUUUUGAAAGGCUGUUUAACUGGAACACCAAACAACUGUUUGUUUAUCUCACUGCAGAAUAUGAAACAAGAAAUAAUAAAUUUAACCAGGUUGUGCUUUGGGAUAAGAUCAUUCUCCGUGAAGACAAGUCGAAGAUAAAGCUUAACACUAUGAACACCAAGUAUUAUUUCUUUGAUGAUGGGAAUGGUCUCAAGGGACUAAAAAAUGUAAGCAUGUAUUUGUCAUGGAAUGUUAUCCCUACUGCUGGCCUUCUUCCACUCGUCACUGGUGAACAGUACAAGCAUCUAUUUGAUUUCCCACAGCAAUACAGCCCUUACCAAAGAUAGAAGACCUUCAGUAAUGCCACAAGUGCUACUAGAGUGAAGGCAUUUAGCCCAUGAAAUAAAAAUUAAUAGUCUACGUGUAAUAGUCAAACAGAUACAAAAGAAAACAAUGGAAUUAGGGUCUACUAAAGUGUGUUAGCCUAAUGUCUAUUUCACGGGUUUAAUGACUUCACUCUAUCAUUAAAAACAAACUCCUUCACUAGAGAUAUUAACACUACAUUAUUAGACAUUCAUAGAACUUGAAAAACAUGCUUCCCUUGAUUGAAUGACACAGUGUUAUUGUAGAUUAAGCUCAGCAUACACAUGGAUGUCAAAUAGACCCAUUUAACUUGGCCAUGUUUUCCCAUUUUCAGACCACUCUAUUAUUUUUUGUUAUACUGUCUUUGUUUAACUGCAAUAUAUGAAACGAUACAUUUAUGGAUGUGACUUAAUUCAAGAAUUUUACUUAUUAGGUAAUGUGUAGUUCCAAAAAUUAUCCAUACCCCCUCACGGAGGAAUUUUUUUAAGACACCCCCUACCACCCGGAAAUUCCAAUUUUCUUCCGUACAAACUCUGUAAUUUUUGUUCUUUCUCUGAUCCCCCUACUCUUCGGAAAAUUCCAAAUUCCUCUGUGGGGUGGGUAUGAAUGAUUUCUGGAACUACACAAAGUUAGAAAAUAUUACACCCAAACCAAAUGGGUCAAUAAUACAUAAUAAAAAAGAUACCCAUAGUGAAACUAAACCACAAUGCAGUUUGGUUUGUAAACAAAGUUUUAAUGUAUUUUAGAUGUUCCCAACUUUUCUAGAAUGUUAAAGUUAUAGGCCUAUCUUUGUUUACGUUUUUUUAAUAUUGAACUUAUUACUCUCAAAUUUUCAGUAGUUACUAAAUAAGACAUUCUCUUUCGAUUUCUGGAGAUGGUUUGCUUGUAGCUUGAAUUUUUUAUGCUAAUGAGGAAAAAUCUUAAACAAAGAGUGGCCUAUAAUAUCGUUUGCAUUAAGUUUAUUGAAUUUGAAGAGCAGGUGCAAUCUGUCAUUAUGGUGAACACAUCAAAUCUUCUAGAAGAAUAGGUUGCUAUCAAUAGACAUCACUUCCGAUAAUAGCUGCGUUUUUAAUGGCUUGUAGAAUCCUGGAGGUUGUUUUGAUCUCUUGUUUUCUGGUUUGACGUUGUGAAAAUAGUCAAAUACAAUAGUUUGAGGACUUAUUUUGACAUGUUUUGACUUAACAUCCGCUAGUUGCCCCUCAGUCAACCCCUUGUUUGCCCCCCAGUCAACUCCAAAAAGUCACAUGUAAGCAAAUUAUAUGGUGCACUCUGUAAGCAACAGUAAUCUAUAAUAAACUGAAAAACAUCUCUUACAA